AUUACGUGAGAGGCCCCUUUUGAGCUGCUUAAGUUUAGGGCUGAAACUAUUCCUCAAGUAACAUGAUUACAAAAAAAAAAAAAAUUAUUUAGGUAAAUUCCUCUGCCUUGAAGCCUCUUUUAAUUUAUUCUAAAUCCCACAUCAUGUUCAGAUCUUAUUCAUGCAAUUAUAAAUAAAUAGUAAACAUAUGACCUCAUAUGUCCUCAUAUGUGACCACAGAUAUUUAAAAAAAAAAAAAAACAAUUAUUUGUCCAUCAAAAAUUCUCUGGUCCCAGUGUGCAAGUCCACAAUACAUUCCUGACACAUAUCCUCAAGUGGGAUUUUAAAAUCUUUCUUAUUUAUUUUUUCACAAGCAAAAGUUUGUCAAACCCCCCCCCUCCCCCCGACCCCCCACCCACACACACACAUUCUGCUCAUAACUUGGAACUGGGUUCUAACUAUAUUCAAUGCUUACUAAAUGUGAAAGAGUCAUUUUGUUCUUUGUCUCUCACUUACACAGAACAAAUAUCUAAUGUCAGGCUUAUUGCUCCAGAAGAAUCAUUAAUAGAGGGAGAAUCAUUUGCUAAAAUCAGCUCUGAGGGAACUGGCAGCAUCACUUCUGGAGUGAUGAAAAAUAACAGUCCUCUGUCUCCUAGCAACAGCAUCAUUUUCUCAUCUGAUAACAGAUCAGUGUCCAUCAGUCCAGUGUAGAGAUCAGACAGUGGAGAAUAUCAGUGUACAUAUAGAAACCCUGUCAGCUCUGAGAUGGCAAAACUCAGCCUGAUCAUCCACUAUGGACCAGACGAUGUUUCUAUUAAGGUUCUGGAUGUGGUGGAUUUAGGCGUUCGUGUAUCGCUCUCUUGUUCUGCAAAUUCUGAACCUUCUGCCUCAUUCAGCUGGAAGUUUAAUGGAGCAGACACUGAUGUGACCACAGACACAUUCACCAUAGAUCAGACUGACUUCACACACAGUGGAGAUUAUGAAUGCACAGCCUGGAAUAGUGUGACAAAGAGAAGCGUUUCACAAAAACAUGCUUUAAUAGUUAAAGUAGGUGGAGGAGAUGGAGGUGGAAGAUACUGUAUCCCAGAGAACAAGUAACCAUUGAAUUGCAAAAUGGAAUAGAAUUAAUGUUUCAAGACAAUGUUGAUUCAGUGCCACUUCUGCACCCUCAUUUAAUGGUGAAAUAAAAAUGUUAAAAUUACAAUUGUUAAGUUAUUCAAUCAAUAUAAC